AUUUUUUUGGCAAAGAGCCGAACGAAUCAACUCACGUUCGUGAGCUGAAUCAGUUGAACUGACUCGUUGAAAAGUGUCGGAAGUUCCUCGGUGUGGCGCGAGCGCGCGACUUUUAUGUUGUCAUUUCAAACCGGAAGCCGUGUAGCAAAGCGUAGACAUAGCAACGCAGAUAACGUUUCUGAGUAAAAUAAACAACAGAUAUUAAUGUCGUGUCGGUGUUACGUGUUAGAGUCGCAAUACUCUAGUUUUAAGUGUAAUAUUUUGCAGAAAACAUAAGCUUGGUGCACCGUUAUGCCUCGACGAAAGAGGGUCGCCUGCAGCAGCUCUGACGGCACGGAGGAUUCCGAUUUCUCAGCCGAACACACAGACAGCUCAGAGACUGACACUCACGCGGUGAAGAACACUCGCCUCACGCGCUCCUCGCUCCGACUCAGCCGGGGCUCUCAAGUCGAGGUGGUGGAUUUUACAGCACGACGUGUGACCCGUAGCCAGCGGCAGGAGGAGCCGAUCGUGCCCAAAAAAUACCCUCUACGUCAGAACCAGCCUGAGAGCGAACAGCACGCAUCAGGAGUGAAGCAGGACGAAUCUCCUCCCCGCACUCCCACAGGUCUGCCGCGCUCCUUCGAGUCUGACGCCGACAUCUCCGGCCCCAACGCCUCCCAGGACGAGAGGCUGGCUAAAGAGCUGUCCAUCAAGGAGUCAGGCCACGCCCAUCGGCCCAAGCGCCGCCGCUUCCACGAGAGCUACAAUUUCAACAUGAAAUGUCCAACACCAGGCUGUAAUUCACUCGGCCAUUUGACAGGAAAACACGAGAGACACUUUUCCAUCUCCGGCUGUCCGCUGUAUCACAACCUAUCAGCAGACGAGUGCAAGGUGAAGGCGAGCUCUCGUGAUAAACCCGUGGAGGAGAGGACGCUGUCUCAGAGCCAGGACGAGAACCGGCACUCCACACGCCAUCAGAUGAGAUACAAAGAGAAAGUGACUGAGAUGAGGAGGAAAAGGAGCUCCACUGUAGUCAAGGAGCAGAAAGACAAAGAUGCAAACACACAGAGUCCCAGCUGUAACCGUGAGCCUCUGUUGGAGAACAUUACGAGUGAUUAUGACCUGGAGCUGUUUAGAAAAGCGCAGGCACGUGCCUCGGAGGAUCUUGAGAAACUGCGUCUCCAGGGUCAGGUGACGGAGGGCAGCAACAUGAUCAAAACCAUCGUGUUUGGUUGUUACGAGCUCGACACCUGGUAUCACUCUCCGUACCCGGAGGAGUACGCUCGCCUCGGCCGCCUCUACAUGUGCGAGUUCUGCCUCAAAUACAUGAAGAGCCAGACCAUCCUCAGACGGCACAUGGCGAAGUGUGUGUGGAAGCAUCCGCCUGGUGAUGAGAUCUACAGGAAAGGCGCCAUCUCAGUUUUUGAAGUGGACGGCAAGAAAAAUAAAAUUUACUGCCAGAACCUGUGUCUCCUCGCCAAGCUCUUCCUGGACCAUAAAACUCUGUACUACGACGUGGAGCCGUUUCUCUUCUACGUGAUGACCGAGGCAGACAACACAGGGUGUCACCUGGUGGGGUAUUUCUCCAAGGAGAAGAACUCCUUCCUGAACUACAACGUGUCCUGCAUCCUGACCAUGCCACAGUACAUGCGGCAGGGCUACGGCAAAAUGCUCAUCGACUUCAGUUACUUGCUGUCGAAGGUGGAGGAGAAGGUGGGUUCUCCUGAGCGUCCUCUGUCUGAUCUGGGUCUCAUUAGCUAUAGGAGCUACUGGAAAGAGGUGCUGCUGCGCUACCUGCAUACCUUCCAGGGCAAAGAGGUCUCUAUUAAAGAGAUCAGCCAGGAAACGGCGGUGAAUCCUGUCGACAUCGUCAGCACCCUGCAGUCGCUUCAGAUGCUCAAGUACUGGAAAGGAAAGCACCUGGUGUUAAAGAGACAGGACCUGAUCGACGAAUGGAGGUCCAAAGAGAUGAAGCGCGGGAGCGGAAAGACAAUCGACCCCGCAGCACUGAAAUGGAGUCCACCAAAAGGGACCUAACGGCCAUCGGGACCCGUCACGCACUCCUUUACUCGCACUGUAGUCACUGUUAGCGUCCGCGUAAGGAACUAGUGCACGCUUCGUUUCAAAAGUGUUGAAUAAAAUAGCAUCUCUUCAGUGUUUCCCAGGUCUGCCUUCCUGCUGAAAAACACAGAUCAGUGCGUUUCCUGAGUAACACGAAUACAACGUUCAUCAGUGCGUUACAGCAGGAAGUCGCACUAAACCGUGCAGUGUGAGAAACACAGAUCACCAGAUUCUCACCGGAUUCUCGCACUCUGUAGUUACUGUUCUAUCAGUUACCCGCGUUAACGUCGCCGCUGAAGUCGGCAUGCUUACUAAGCGAACCGUGUUUAACCCGAAUCCUGCUCCUUUAGUCACCAGUGUGAACCAAAAACAAUAUCCACAAAACUAAAUAAUGCAUGUGACGAUUUUAGACAUGCGUCUGUAAAGUGGUAGCUAUGAGCUCAUGUUAUUGUUAUUAUUAUUAUUAUUAUUAUUAUUAUUAUUAUUAUUAUUAGCUAAACUGUACUGUAAACUGAAACCCUCAGAACAUUCUCAUUACUGAAUCUUCUUUCAGUACGUUACAUCUUUACUGAAACAGCUUUCAGUACAUUUAGUCAGUACUGAAUCUCCCUUUCAGUACAUUUGGUCAGUACUGAAUCUCCCUUUCAGUACAUUUGGUCAGUACUGAAUCUCCCUUUCAGUACAUUUGGUCAGUACUGAAUCUCCCUUUCAGUACAUUUGGUCAGUACUGAAUCUCCCUUUCAGUACAUUUGGUCAGUACUGAAUCUCCCUUUCAGUACAUUUGGUCAGUACUGAAUCUCCCUUUCAGUACAUUUGGUCAGUACUGAAUCUCCCUUUCAGUACAUUUGGUCAGUACUGAAUCUCCCUUUCAGUACAUUUGGUCAGUACUGAAUCUCCCUUUCAGUACAUUUGGUCAGUACUGAAUCUCCCUUUCAGUACAUUUGGUCAGUACUGAAUCUCCCUUUCAGUACAUUUGGUCAGUACUGAAUCUCCCUUUCAGUACAUUUGGUCAGUACUGAAUCUCCCUUUCAGUACAUUUGGUUAGUAUUAAAACCUGAUGAAUAAAUUGAAUCGGUACUGAAACCCCUUUUGUUACAUUACGUCAGUAUGGAAACCUUAUUCAAUUUGCUACCGACUAAACGUGAUCGAAAGAGGGAGAUCUUAUUACUAGAACCUCUUCCAGUACUUUAUGAUUGUUGCCCCUACUCACACACUGUAUGGUUUAGAAAGACAGGAGCAGGAUUGGGAAACACUGAUCUAGCUGUACAGACUGAAUUCUUGCUCUAUAGGCACUGAUAGUAAUGUUUCUAACAUAGGAACCACUUCCUAACUGCUGUUGUCUGUGAUGUGCACCGUGUCUUCAGUCCUGCUUCUGCUGUGCACUUUAGAGGGUCUUUGUGCUCCAACACAACAUGUACGAUGAGAAAACAAGCAAAAGAUGCUCAGAACCGACCGCAGUACCGUACAGCAUUCGAGACAUUCCACGCAUGUCGUCGGCGCGUCAUGAUGUGGCCGCGAUAUCCAACACACCCGACUCACCUCGGCAGCUUGUUUUAAACACCUUUCAUAAGAGUGUUCGUGCAGGAAAACUCUCAGGUGCGCAGUACAGGUGCAGGAAUUCCGAUCGUCUACGUGUAGCUGACUCGCUUUAACAGUAGUAGAUUUACAUUUAUUCUAAGGUUAUGACUGAAAUAGCAGCUAAACACCGUCAAUGUGAAACAUGGUAGAAAAUGUGGAACUUCAGCUACCACUCACUGUUUAAUCCUGUUACUUAGACGUCGAGUCUGAAAUAAAAUGUCCACAGCGUUCCUCUUCCCUCAAAAUCUGGUGAUCGUGAUCAGCUCCGAGGUGUAAAGCUCAGUUGAAUAGACUCAGUGUGCAUCAGUGACAUUUGGUUAUUAUAUCAUCAUAUUUUGGCUGACUGAUUACAUCUGGUGUAAAAGGGACUAGGUGUACAUUUUAUUUCUGCUUCAGCUCUCUCUUUAAUUUAACCUUGAUUCGCUAUAUUAGAGAGUGCAUGUGUGAGUGCGUGUGUGUGCGCGUGUGAGAGUGCGUGUGUGUGUGUGAGUGUGUUUGAGAGUGCAUGUGUGAGAGUGCAUGUGUGAGUGUGUGUGAGAUCUAAGCUCCUGUUUGGUACCUUUUUGUUUUGUUCCUGGGCACUAAAGGGUACAGUGUUAAUUAUACAGUAUUCUCCAGUAUCAGGCUGAGACAGUGAUCAUUUAAAAGAAUUCUAUUUAAUAAAUUUAUCUUGCACAAAGUCUGAAUUUAGCGAAUUGUACAGGAGUCGUACCAAAUGACCUGCACUUGUAAUUCAUUUAUUUUAUUAUAAUGAACCCAAAUAUUUUAAUUCUAUCCUUUAAGGACAAAAAAUGCACCUAUUUUGUAAGCUAAUGAUGUUAAUGUCAGGUUUAUACAUUAACUGUGUGUGUGUGUGUGAGUGUGUGAGAGAGAGAGAUAGAAUAAAAUCCCUGAGUUCCUGUAAGCACUAUAAGCACUCCUGCAUGGUCCUGAUGUCAGCGUGCAGUUUUCACUCCCACUUACUUACAAAUAAACUGAACCAUUCAAAUCGGA